CGCCCAGUAACAUCUAGAGAUGGCCUUGGGCAGGAGGAACCCACAAGCCAAUGCACUCACACUUUGUUUUUCCCCACACAGCAGGAUUUCUCCUUCCCAAACCUUGGCCAGAUGGAGGAGGAGGCUGCGAGGAAGAGGAAGAUGCCCCAGGACCCCCAGGCAGGCCCCGAGCUGAGGACGGAGAGCCCGGAGGACAAAUCCCCCCGGCAGAGCCUGGUGGGAGAGGCCGUUUUGAAGGGCUCCACGGCGCAGGAAGGCAGCGGGGAGGGAAAGCCACGAAGGUACCCCAGGAGGAGGGUCUCCAAAGCCAGCCCAGGGUGCUCUGAGGAGGAAAGACCCACCCUGUGCCGGGAAGGCGACGAGGGCUUGAGCCAGAGCCCUGACCUGGAUGUCCAUGAGCAGCCUCACACCAGGAAAAAGCCCUCCAAGUGCUUGGACUGUUGGAAGAGCUUCAGCCAGAGCUCCCACCUGAUCUGCCACCAGCGCACCCACAGCGGGGAACGGCCCUACAUGUGUGGGGAAUGUGGGAAGAGCUUCAUCUGCAGCUCCAACCUGAUCUGCCACCAGCGCACCCACACUGGAGAACGGCCCUACAAGUGCUUGGAAUGCAAGAAGAGGUUUCAGACCAGCGGGAAUCUCCUCCUGCAUGAAAGGACACACACAGGGGAGAGGCCCUUCCUCUGCACCCACUGUGGGAAGGGCUUCAUCCAGAACUCCCACCUCGUCAGCCACCGGCACAUCCACAGCGGGGAGAGGCCCUACAAGUGUGGGGAGUGUGGGAAGAGCUUCAGCCAGAGCUCUGCCUUGACCUCACACCAACGGACCCACCAGUAAGGGAAGCCCUAAAGGUGCCUCGACUGUGGGAAGAGCUUUGUCUGCUGCUCCAACUCCAUCACCCACUGGAGGAGUGAUGUCUUCCCACAUUGGGAAGACACCUGGCUGGUGGUCUCCACAUCCUCCUGGUUCCCCACAGGCACCUGGGUGAACACAGUGGGAGAAACAUCCAUGGGGUCACAAACUGACCUGGGAAAUUCAGUGGGAAGAGCUGAUUUGUUGAAUUUAAAACAAAGACAUUCAACAAAGACAUCUAAAGCCCCACCAUUUUACUGGCAUUUGGGGUCAUUUGGAGAUCCAGGGGAAUAUUUGGGAGGAUUUGGAGUUUCUGGUGGGAUGUGGGGGAGAUUACCCCAAAAAUGGGGGUUCCCAGCCUGGGCAAACGGGGCCACAUUCUCGUAGUUGUGCCAGCAGUUCAUGUCCCCCUGAUCCUGUCUGUUCUCCAGGAACUCCCCUUGGCUGUUCCAGUGCCUGGCCUGGGUCUCCCCACACGGGGUGUCCCCCCCAGGUGCCCAAAUCUCUGCUGAAGUGCCUGAGCUGCUCCCAGUUGGAGAUGUACCCGGGCAGGAACCUCUCCCGGUCGGGGCCGUUCACUCGGCUUUUCCCAGGACCUGGAACAGCCCUGGGUGUGCAGGGACACAGGUCAGGGGGUGCCCCCCCAGCAGCCCUCAGCCCCCCCAGCAGGUUGGGAGCUCAGGGGGCCACCCCGGACCCCCCUUUCCCACCCUCAUCUGCCCCACAGCUG